CCGUUGUUGGUCUAUCGCUUCUUAUAUAUAACAUAUAUGUCAGUUCUACAGUGAUAGUGCUUAAAUGUGUUUGGUUCUAUUAAACGCGAUAUCUGUUCCAACAUAAGGAAACAAACUGUUUCUAAAUUUUUGAGACUUGAUAUUCCACGUUAACACAAUGACAAUGGAAGAACGUUCCUGUGGCCUUGAACGUGAAUCACCUGUUAUAUCAACAACUACAAUCCUAUCAUCAAAUUCAUUCUCUGAUGAUGCACCCGUAGACACUUCGAAUUCUAUCCAAAAAGUAAAUAAACGAUCUUUUGAUGUCGCUUUUCUGGUAGCACCCGAUGAGAAUCUUUCAAGACGACAAAGCGAAAAAUUGAGCGUAGUUUGUGUUAACAAAUUAACAGAUAUGACUAAUGAUUAUUUUCGCAAUUCCAAAAUAACUACUCGACAUGAUAGUGAAGGACAGGAGAAAUCAUCUCAAAAACAAACUAAAAAACAAUCUGAAAAUCAUAAAAAAAGAUUGUAUCAAUACCCGGAAGAUUGUUUUAGUUGUUCUUACAUUUCAUCGAAAACAGUAACUCCAAUAUUAAGUAGAAUUUCAUCUGAACAAAGUGCAGAACAUUAUAUUCAUAAUCGAUCUCAAAAAUGUCAUACUUCACCAAAUCUAUCUCAAGAUUCGCAAAAUCUCUUGGGACGUUAUGUGGAUAUCAUUGAACCAAUUGGUUUAACUCGUUCAACAUCAUGUUCCGAAGGAAUUGGUGAAUCGAAAAGCGCAUUUACUAAAGUAUCCUUGACUUCAAGAAGUGCUUUUGAUGAUGAACAAACAUCUCCUAGAUCAUCAAUUUCACCAGAUGGAGCAAGCUAUCAAAGCAGUAUUAGUCCACCUGUUAUCCCCCUAUCGGGAAGUUCAAACUUCAAAUGCUGUUCAUUGCCUACAAAAAUAACAUAUCCAUUCUUAAUGGGACCCGAAACACAAAAGUCAAAUCUUCUGGAUAAUCUCAAGAUUUCCCAAACACCAAAGAUUCAUAAUCAAAUGUAUCCCAGUCUACCAUAUAAUCCAAUUUCAGUAUUUCCUCAAAUAAGUGACACCCUAUCGAGACCCAGAUUCCUGACAACCACCAACAGUGUUACGGGACUUUUACCAGCAUCAUUAGCAGCUCUCACACUUCCAGCGCAAAAUGUGUGCGCCAAAUGUAAUCUUUCAUUUCGAAUGACGUCGGAUUUGGUUUAUCACAUGCGAUCCCAUCAUAAGAAUGAAACAGCAGGUGAAUCGUCGAGAAGACGAAGAGAGGAGAAACUUCGAUGUCCGGUUUGUGACGAAAGCUUUAGGGAGAGACAUCAUCUCACGCGACACAUGACCGCACAUCAAGAUAAAGAAAGCGAUGCAAUCGUCGAUCAAGUUGAAGUCAAAAGAAGAAGUGUUCCCAUUCAUGGCAAGUGACAUAGCAAGUUUUAGUUGACGAAUAAUUUUCCUUCCCUAAGGUAUCAUUAAAAAAAAACUUUAAAUCAAUACGUAUAAGAUCUCAUCUUUAGGUGAGUUUGUGAUCUUACAUAAUACAUUAUAGGAUAUUACCAAAGAAGUUAAUUUUCAACACAGAACGUUGCAAUAUAAGAGUAGUUUUUAACAUUCAAAAUCGUUAAAGAAUUUCAAACAUAUAUUUUUAUUUAUGUUCGUAAAUUCAAGUAAUUAAAAUUUUUAUUAACAAAUUUUGCCCUUUAAAAUAUACAAUCUAAAACAAAUUCCCGUAAGUACUUGGGGGCCGUAUGAGUCAAAUUAUUUAAUAAUAAACCUUCAAGAGAACUUGUACACCUCAACUAAUAUCAUACAAUUAUUAUAAAUUCCCAAUAUUUUAUAUCAAUUUUUAGUUUCCUUAAUUUUCAUUGCUUCGUAUUUAUAUUUAAUGAUUAAAUCCACUAGUUUAAUAAAACUACACAAGCAUUAGAAAAAUUGUUAAUACUUAAUUGCUUAGAAAAAAACGUUAAUAAUAAUAGACAAGUAAUAAAAAAAUUAGUCAAUACUUCAUUGAGGACAAAAUUUGUAUUAUUAUUAGUUGUAUUAAAAUAUUUAUGUUUAUUACAUGGAGAAAACAUACAAUCUUUAAUAUAUGGGGAAUUUUCUGUAAUACAGACCACCCCCUCUACCUAAAAUGGCUUUAAAAAUAGACCAUUCUUCUGGAAAAAUUACAGCUUGGGAUACGUAGUUACUUUGGCCGUAUGGCUUUUUUAAUUAAAAAUUUGAUCAAAUUUGCUUUAAAUUUGUUGCUAGAGGGUUUUUGGGGUCACUGAUUACGAAUCUGAAGUCUAUUUUUAGAAAUU